AUGAGAACUAAUCAAGGUUCCAGCAAUGAUCUUUUGACUAGAAAUUAUUAAGGCAAAAGAGAUAUAGAUCAAUUGAUUAGUAGCUCUCCUAAUGGAUGGAGAGAUCUUACAGUUUAAAAUAACUUAGGUUAUAUAUCUAGAGAUAAAUAUAAUAAACUCAAAGAUCUGAACUCAAAAUUAAAAGUACUGACUUUAUUAUAUUCAAGGCUACUUUAAGAGAGUAUAUUUAAGACACAAAAGAUAAAGAAAGAUAAUUAUAAACAAAAGAAGAAUUAUUAGUUAAAUAUGAAAAAGAAAGAGUAGAUUAUUAAAAUAAAGGCAAUGAAGAAUUAAAAACACAACUUAAUGAAUUUAAAAUUAAAUUGUAAAAGAAAAAGACUAAAAUCAGAUUACUUAAAGAUUCAUCAAAAACAAUUGAUUCUAGAUUGGAUGAUUAAAAAGCUAUCUUUUAAGUUGAUUUAGAUAGAGUGUAAAGAAUUAAUGAUUCUUUAUAAAUUGAAAUGUAAAUAAUUUUUAUAAUUAUUUAGAAAAGAAAAUGAAAAAAGAUAUAUGAUAUUAAAAGAUGAAAAUAAUAUAUUAAAAUAAGCAUUAUAAUAAAAAGAAGAUUAAUGUAAAUAUUUUGAAAUGGCAGCUUAAGAUGAUAGAUAGAAUAUGUAAUUAUUGGAAUCAAAGAUAAAAGAAUUAUAAGAAGAAAAAAAAAUAUUGUAAAUAGCAAUUGACAAUUAAAUAUCCAAAAUUGAUGAAACUGAAAAAUUUAUCAAACUUAAUGAUUAACAUCAUUAACAAGAGAUCAAUAAAAUUGAAUAAGAAAAGUAAUAAUUAUAAAAUGAAUAUCUUACAUAAAUUAAUAGAAAAAAAGAAAAGACAUAAUCAUUAUUAAAUCAAAUCCAAUAAUUAGAAUUAUAAAUUACUCAAUAAUAAAAAGAAGAAUUUUCUAAUAAUAAAAUUAUAUAAGAUUAAAAACAAGAUUAUUUGAGAUUGUAAUCAUAACUUGAAGAUUAAAGAAAUAAAACUGAUUAAUCUUUGAAAGAAACUAAUUUUAAAAUUCAAGAAGUUUUGGAAUUGAAAUCAAAAUUAGAAUCUUAAAAAUCUUUAGUUUAAGCUUAUGAAGAUAAAUUAGCUCAAUAUGAUUUAUAAUAUUAAUUAGAUUAAAAUGAAAAAUCAUAAAUGUUAUUUGACAUUGAUUAAUUUCAUAAAGAAAAUAAGAACUUAUAGCAUUUAUUAUAUGAAUCAGAUAAAGAAAUAGCUUAUUUAAAAUAAUAACAUGAAGAAGUAUUCAAUUAAAUUAUAUUUAUAGGAUUUAUUUUAGAUUGAAAACAGAGUUGAAUCUUUAAUUCAUUAAUUGAAUGAAUCAAAAGAAGAAACAUAAGAAUUAAAAAAAAUUAUAUCAGAAUUAAAAAAACAAUUAAUCUCUAGUGAUGAAUAAGCAAAUGCAUAUAAAAAUAAAUAUUUAAAAGUUAAAUAAAACUAAAAAACAUUAUAAUCAGAAUAAAAAUAUGUAAUUUCAAUUAUUAUAAUAUUUAGUUAGAGGAAAAGGUCAAAUUAAUGGAAAGUGAAAGAGUUUUUGAAGAAAAAGAAGCAUUAAAAACUAAAGAUUAUGUCAUACAAUAAAAAUAAGUAUAAUAAAGUAAAAUCAAAGUACUUGAUGAAAUCUAAAAUAUGAUUAAACAACAUAAAAAAAUCACUAGCUGA